CGACAAGGCGUGAUUGUGUGGUAGAUCCUGGUACCUGUGCAGGAUCCUGGAUAUACAUGUACUUAGGCUACAGCAUUUCACUCAUUCUAUUUCAUUCUCCUCUCGUUCCUAUCGACCACCAUUGUGCGAGCAAUAAAUUGUCAUUGGAAAGUCAUCAUGAAGGUCUACCAUCUCGUGCCGCUCGCGGCUCUCAGCGCCGCUAUCGUAGUCCCCACCGAACAGGUCUUCGGCGAGCUCGCCAUUGAGGAUCGUCACUCGGGUGCAAAGGACUGGUUCAAUGAGGCCAACUCCGCCAAAGACCACCUCCUCUCCGAGGUCGAGGAUAUCUUUGAGGAAUCGAGCAAUAAGGUGAAGAGCGCUUGGUCGCACAUCUCCGAGUCUGCCAAAAGUGUUGUACACAGUGCCUAUGAGCAGACCAGCAAGAACUACAAGAACGUCGAGACCGAGAUCAAACAAACCACCGAUGCCUUUUCCGAGUGGAUCGAGAGUGCUGGUUCUCUCGCAUCUCUUGGAGAGCAUGAAGGCCCUCCGCCUCACCAUGGCCCGCCUCACCACCCUCCUCCAGGUCACAAGCCCCCGUGCCACCGCAAGCCUCACCACCCAGGACACCCACACGGGCCUAACUUGACUGUCUAUCAAUUGAUCGCUGGCAGCGAGUAUACCACCACUUUUACCAAGCUGAUCGACGAGUACCCAGAGCUUGUCGCGACUCUCAACAGCACUAAGGCCAAUGUCACCGUCUUCGCUCCUACCAAUAAGGCAUUUGAGAAGAUCCCCGAGAAAGCACCCAAGCCGAGCAAGGAGCAGCUCCUUGCCAUCUUGCAAUACCACGUGCUCCCGGAAGCUUACUCUGCUAUCCGCGUCCUGCACACCCACACUGCUCCGACUCUUUUAGUUGGCGAGCACCUCGGAUCUGGUUCUGAUCUCCAGCGUUUGACCUUCCGUCUCGGCCUUCGAGGAUUGACAGUCAACUGGCAGAGCCGCAUCGUCGCUGUGAACAUCUUCGGCACGAACGGUGUCAUCCACGGUGUUGACUCCAUCAUCUUACCACCGCCGCCAGGACUCAAGAUCAUUGAAUUCCUCCCGGGUGAAUUCAGCACUCUCGAGCUCGGUCUUGCCAAGACCGGACUCCUGGAGAAGUUGAACACCACUGACCACAACGGCGGCACCCUCUUCGCUCCGAACAAUUGGGCAUUCAAGAAGCUCGGCCCUCGCAUCAACGCCUUCCUGUUCUCGGAGCACGGUGCCAAGUACCUCAAGGCUCUGCUCGAGUACCACGUCGUGCCCGACCACACCCUUUACUCUGAUGCCUACUACAAGGCUGACUCUUCCAAAGUGGACGACAUGGAGGUCGGACACUUCCACGUCGACCUCCCAACUCUUUUGGAGGACCGCACCUUGUCCGUCGAUGUCGGUCGCCUCGGCGGCUUCAUCACGAUUAGGAUCAAUGCUUUCACGACCGUGGGUCUCCAGGACAUUGUUGCACAGGACGGUGUCAUUCACAUUCCUCGCAACGUGCUCAUCCCACCGAAGACCCUGAACGGUGUCCAGGAAGCUUGGAACGGCGAGGAGCUGACCGUGAAGGACCUCAAGGAGCGACUUCAGCCGUUUGUGCGCAACACCAAGAGUGACCUAUAAGCGUCAUGAUCUUCUGUACUUGAGAUUACGAAACUGGAGAUGAUCAAGGGAAAUGGAAGGCGAAUGAAAGGAAAUGUAAUGAGGUCAUGUCAAUGUAUUGCUAUCGAACGAAAUUUAUCACCUGGGGGUUUUCAGAAUCGGAAAUAAGGAAAAUGUAUACGAUAUUGAUUCCAAGUGACAAAAAGCUACCGAUGACAAUCUACCGUAAUGGAUCCUGUCGUGUUUCACUUGUACUGCGUGUGCUCGACAGGCGGAGAGACAGGGACUAACAAGGAUGGUGGGGAGAUACUUUUCCAG